GCGCGCGGGAUUUAAAUUGCGGCGGUUUGCACAGCGUUAAGACUUCGUAGGGUUACCAUAAUUGUGGCCACUUGGCAUUUAGCGUUUCUUUUCCUGGCGCAUCUGCUGACUGCCCAUGGACUCGUCGCUUCAGGCCCGCCUAUUUCCCGGUCUCGCCAUCAAGAUCCAACGCAGUAAUGGCAUAAUUCACAGUGCCAGUGUAAGGACUGUGAACUUGGAGAAAUCCUGUGUUUCAGUGGAAUGGACUGAAGGAGGUGCCACAAAAGGCAAAGAGAUUGAUUUUGAUGAUGUGGCCUCAAUAAACCCAGAACUCUUACAACUUCUUUCCUUACACCCGAAGGACAAUCUGCCCCUACAGGAGAAUGUAACCAUGCAGAAACAAAAACGCAGAUCAGUCAACUCCAAAAUUCCUGCUCCAAAGGAAGGUCUCCGAGGGCGUUCCACUCGCAUGUCCACCAUCCCAGAGAUUCGCAACACCUCUCAGGAGAAUGGCAUGGAGAUGGAGCUGCCUGCAUCUGCAAAUUCCCGCAAGCAGUUUUCAGUGUCCUCUGGCCCCUCUAAGCCCUCCUGCCCUGCAGCAGCUGAAAUACCAUUGAUGAUGGUCAGCGAGGAGGUGGAAGAGCAAGUUCAUUCCGUCCGAGGCAGCUCUUCUGCAAACCCUGUGAACUCAGUUCGAAGGAAAUCAUGUAUUGUGAAGGAAAUGGAAAAAAUGAAGAGCAAGCGAGAAGAGAAGAGGGCGCAGAACUCUGAAAUGAGAAUAAAGCGAGCUCAGGAAUAUGACAACAGCUUUCCAAACUGGGAAUUUGCCCGGAUGAUUAAAGAAUUUCGGGCUACUCUGGAAUGUCAUCCACUUACUGUGACUGAUCCUAUUGAAGAGCACAGGAUUUGCGUCUGUGUUAGGAAACGCCCCCUGAAUAAACAAGAAUUGGCCAAGAAAGAAAUUGAUGUGAUUUCCAUUCCCAGCAAGUGUCUCCUCUUCGUACAUGAGCCCAAGUUAAAAGUGGACUUAACAAAGUAUCUGGAGAACCAAGCAUUCUGCUUUGACUUUGCAUUUGAUGAAACAGCUUCAAAUGAAGUCGUCUAUAGGUUCACAGCAAGGCCACUGGUACAGACAAUCUUUGAAGGCGGAAAAGCAACCUGUUUUGCAUAUGGCCAGACAGGAAGUGGCAAGACACAUACUAUGGGUGGAGACCUCUCUGGGAAAGCCCAGAAUGCAACCAAAGGGAUCUAUGCAAUGGCCUCCCGGGAUGUCUUCCUCCUGAAGAAUCAGCCCCGCUACCGGAACCUAGGCCUGGAGGUCUAUGUGACAUUCUUCGAGAUCUAUAAUGGGAAGCUGUUUGACCUGCUCAACAAGAAGGCUAAGCUGCGUGUGCUGGAGGAUGGCAAGCAGCAGGUGCAGGUGGUGGGGCUGCAGGAGCGCCUGGUCAGCUGUGCCGACGAUGUCAUCAAGAUGAUCGACAUAGGCAGUGCCUGCAGGACCUCUGGACAGACAUUUGCCAACUCCAACUCUUCUCGCUCCCAUGCCUGCUUCCAGAUCCUUCUCCGAGCCAAAGGAAAAGUAUAUGGCAAGUUCUCUUUGGUGGAUCUGGCAGGGAAUGAGCGAGGUGCAGACACUUCCAGUGCUGACCGGCAGACCCGCAUGGAGGGUGCAGAAAUCAACAAGAGUCUCCUGGCCCUGAAGGAGUGCAUCAGGGCCCUGGGACAGAACAAGGCUCACACCCCAUUCCGUGAGAGCAAGUUAACACAGGUGCUGAGAGACUCCUUUAUUGGGGAGAAUUCAAGGACCUGCAUGAUUGCUAUGAUCUCACCAGGCAUAAGCUCCUGUGAAUAUACUUUAAACACACUCAGAUAUGCAGACAGGGUCAAGGAGCUGAGCCCCCACAGUGGGCCCACUGGGGAGCAGCCAAAUCAAAUGGAAACAGAAGAAAUGGAAGCAAGCUCUAAUGGGGCCCUGAUCACAGGCAAUUUCUCCAAGGAAGAGGAGGAACUGUCUUCCCAGAUGUCCAGCUUUAAUGAAGCCAUGACUCAGAUCAGGGAGCUGGAGGAAAGGGCCAUGGAAGAGCUCAAGGAGAUCAUACAGCAAGGGUCAGGCUGGCUUGAGCUCUCUGAGAUGACGGAGCAGCCAGACUAUGACUUGGAGACCUUUGUGAACAAGGCAGAGUCCGCCCUGGCCCAGCAAGCCAAGCACUUCUCAGCCCUGCGAGAUGUCAUCCAGGCUCUGCGCCUGGCCAUGCAACUGGAAGAGCAGGCCAGCAAGCAGAUAAGCAGCAAGAAGCGGCCCCAGUGAUGACUGCAAAUAAAGAUGUUUGGAUUCAUACCCAGCCUCUUCCCCUCCCCACCCCCACCCCCCAGUGAACUUUGGCCACCUGAUGGAUCUAGUCAGGGUGUGACCUGGGACAGGCUUUGGUAAAUGCCAAGUGUGGGGGCAUCUGGACUCAGGGCAGCUGGGGAAGGGGUCAGAAUGACACAGGACACUGCUUUCCUUUUCCUGUUGUAGCUCUCAAGGGAGCAAGGAUGGGAGGAGGGAGCUUUUAGUUAACGUUGGGCGGACACCCUUCUGCCCAAGAGGGGAAGGCUCUGGGGCACAACUCUCUCCUGGGUGGCAUGUGCCUGUGCAGACUGGCUGCUGGUGGAGGGCUCCCUGGGGCUGUUGUGGCUCAGGGGAGAGGGAAGGAGCUUUCAGUCCAACUCACUGCUGGCUCUGGACUGCCUUCCACACCUUUGGUCUGGGCACUAACAUGUUUUGUACUUUAAAAAAAGUUUCUGGGACCUCUUCCUUCCUUGCUGUUUUUUAAGGCCCAAGAGGAUCCCUGCUGUUUUGUUUUAUAUGUUUAUACAUUACGUCUAACAAUAAAGAAAGA